AUAAUUUUUUCGCGUUUAUAUAAUUGGUAUUAUAUAUACUAUAUCAUCUGACAGGUUUUCUUAAAAUGUCAUACGAAAAAUUGCGAUUUUAUUUGCAAUAUUUAUUUUUUAGAGUAUAAAAGAAUACUUUUUGUAUUGUGUACGGAAUAUACGUUAAAUUUAUAAAUAAUGCGCAUCGAUGAUUAUACUUGACAGCGUUAUUAAGAUGUUUUUUAAUGAUUAAUAACCUUAGCAGAGUUGUUGACAUAACAUUACAUAUUUCUUAUAAUAUCGUCUACGGAGCGUCAGUAAUUGGUGGUCUUUCGAAAUAAUAAGAUCGUGUGAUUGUGUUGAUAAAUACUUUCAAUAUUACAUAGAUAUUAUGAUAGAAGAUAGAAAGAUCGACUAAAACUAAUUUUUACAAAACAUCGUAUAAUACAACUUGUAACAUAAAAUCUUAAUAUACAGAAUACCUGAGGCAAAUAUAUUGAUAUGAUAUUUUUAAAAUUAUUAUUAAUAGGCGGCUUAAUAUUCUAUGCCGCGGCGGCUGUUUUGGCCGACAAACAUUCAUUUAAAUUAUUGGAUUACAUAAAACCAGAGCAUUAUAACAUCAAGAUGGUACCACAUUUUGCGCCAUAUAAACAGAAUUUUUAUUACGGCGAAUGCAACGUGAACAUUACCAUUCUUCAACCAACGUAUAUUAUAAAUCUACAUUCAAACGUGCACUGUAUAACGGAUGCAGAGUUGACUGAUAAUCCACCAAGAUUUCAGCCAUACGACAACGAAGAAAUGAUUAUUUAUAAACCGAUAAAACAUUUAUAUGAUAAUAAGACCCAUAUUGUCGAGUUUUCUUUCAUGAAUGAGUUAUCAUCAGAACGUUAUAUCUUGAAGAUGAAAUUUGUCGGUAUUAUAGCUGAGAUGGGAGACAUCGGAAAUUCGUCUUUAAUAAUAAGGGAAAAUAAAGAUUGGGCGCCUGCAACACUUUUCCAACCAAUUAAUGCCCGACGAUUGUUUCCAUGUUGGGACAAGCCGGAAUUAAAAGCUACAUUUAAUAUUUCUAUAAUACAUCAUCUUGAUUAUAUGGCUUUCUCAAAUAGACCAGUGCGAGAAAUGAAAGUACUUGAAAACGAUAUGUUGUGGGUAAACUUCAAUACUACUCCUGCAAUAUCUCCUUAUCUCGUUACAAUAUUUGUGACUAGGGCAAAUUUAUUUAUUGAUCUUUCUAAAGUUGCAACCCUCAAAGAACACCAUGCUUUAUUUCGUCCAUUCGAAUAUGCGAAUAAAGUUAUUAUCAAUAUCACGCGAUAUUUGAGAAACGAAUGGGAACGAACAGAGAAGAUUCCCAUAGAUCAUAUAGCGGUCAUAAAUUCUGAAGACGAAGACCUGGUGAAUUUAGGGCUUGUUUUGUACAGAACAUUUGAUGUUGUAUAUGAUAAACAAUUAGAUCCCAUUGGGAAUAAAAUUAAAAUGCUUCGCUUAAUAGUUCAUAAAGAGAUACGACAAUGGCUUUCAUCUCGGUGGUAUUACUUGUGGUUAAACGAGGCUUUUGCUACAUUUUUUGGAGCGUAUGUCGUCGAUAAGGUUAGCUUUAUAUUUUUAACACUUAUUGUUAGACACAUAUAUAUAAUUAAGUGUAUUGUUAUAGCAUCCGUUAUAUUGCAUAUGUUGCAAAACACAGUUGGCGAAGGAACAUUUUGGAAUGGUAUCCAUACAUAUAUAUAUAACAAUGCAUAUAAGUGGACUACUACUUACGAUUUCUGGACAGCUAUACAAACUGCCUUCGAUGAAAUACCAUACUUUCAUUUUGAAGAAGUUAAUAUAACAAAACACAUGGAUUCUUGGUUCAAGCAAAAGCAUUAUCCCGUAUUGAAGGUGAUACGAAAUCCUGGUGGUUUUAAAAAUAUAACAUUAAAAGUUCUUCAUACAUCAAAAAAUUGGAGCAUACCUCUAACUUAUACUACGCAAGCAUAUCCAAGUUUUAGAAAUACCAUGCCUAAGAUGUGGUUAAAUAUGUCACAUUUGGGAACACGGUUGCGUAUUUUGGAUAUUCCAAAUUUUAUAUAUGAAGAAGUUAAAGAUGAUGAGUGGAUAAUAUUCAAUAUAAAACAAACUUACAAUUUCAGUGCAUAUAAGUGGACUACUACUUACGAUUUCUGGACAGCUAUACAAACUGCUUUCGAUGAAAUACCAUACUUUCAUUUUGAAGAAGUUAAUAUAACAAAACAUAUGGAUUCUUGGUUCAAGCAAAAGCAUUAUCCCGUAUUGAGGGUGAUACGAAAUCCUGGUGGUUUUAAAAAUAUAACAUUAAAAGUUCUUUAUACAUCAAAAAAUUGGAGCAUACCUCUAACUUAUACUACGCAAGCAUAUCCAAGUUUUAAAAAUACCAUGCCUAAGAUGUGGUUAAAUAUGUCACAUUUGGGAACACGGUUGCGUAUUUUGGAUAUUCCAAAUUUUAUAUAUGAAGAAGUUAAAGAUGAUGAGUGGAUAAUAUUCAAUAUAAAACAAACUGGAUAUUAUAGGGUCAACUACGAUGCUAAGAAUUGGCAAAAAAUUUCGGAUUACCUAGACUCUGAAAACUAUACAAAAAUACAUGCUCUUAGUCGUGCCCAAAUUAUCGAUGACGCGUUUCAUUUAAUGAUAACACGCCAACUUGAUACUUCCAUAUUCUGGAAUCUCACGAAUUAUCUAUCGCGAGAAACAGAUUAUGUGGCAUGGUAUCCUAUGUUUAAAGCUCUGGAAUACAUGUCGAGUGUUAUUCCACUGUCUGAUAAAAAAGUUGAUAUUAUCAAGACAAAAAUGCAAAAAAUAUUAAAGGAAUUGUAUCUAAAAACCACCAAAAAUGUUCCGAAAGACGAUCUUGGAAUAUGUUUAAAAGAAGAGGCUGCAAAAUGGGCGUAUUUUUUCAAUGAUCCGUUAUACAAAAAAGAUGCCAGCAAGAGAACGAAAGAUUUUUUUCAUCAUCAUCCUGUCUUUCACUAUAGACUUGUCCCACAGUGGGACGAAUGGACGCACUGUAGAGGUUUGGCCACAGACGUCACUUGGAUGGAGAUGUAUGAGCUCUGUGAACAAACAGCUGAUGUUAAAAUUUUAAAAUUCUUGGCAUGCUCUGACAAUCCUUAUAAUAUCAGGAACUUGUUAGUUCUAAUAAAUAAAUUCCGAUCGUUUAUUCAUCCGGAAGAUCAUAUUUCAAAAAUUAUACUUAUUGAAAGUUAUCUUUUUACUAUUGAGAGACAUGCAAACAACAAUGAUACACUUGAAUAUAUAUUAGACCAUUUUGAUACAUCAAAACCUAGGUAAAAAAAAAAAAAA